GUGUAUAAUUGUGUGUGUGUGAUUGUGUAUGUGUGUAACGGUGCUCAGAUUUCGACGUUUCUGCCUUCGUCACCCGCCGAUGAUGCUUCGCUGAGAAUCUUCGUGAUCCGACGUUGCUGCUCUGGCAGCAGCAUCGUUGAUCAAUCUCCCUUUUCGCAGUGAUAAAUUUGAGCUCUCGUGCGGCGGAGUUGUUUGUGCGAGAGGGGAGCAACUGGAUCCAGGAUAGGAGCAGUUCGGACGACGUGGAGCGAAGAGGGAGUAGAUUGCAGAGGAGAUUGUAGUCUGGUGUGAGCUCGAAGGGAGAGAGAUAGAGGAGGAAGGGGUUGAGGCGAGAGCCGAGCUCAAUGGCGGUCGCUUGUAGUGGUAUCGGAGCUGGAAUUGGUGCUCUAGUGUCACCUGCGAACACCAAUUCUCUGUCGAGGCGUUCAUGCUGGACGUGCACGCCUGCGAUCUGCUCUUUGGCUGCCGUCUUCAAGAGAGCAUCGUCGCCUUUGUCGUCGUUGAUCGGGGAAGAGCGGAGUUGGACGGAUGAGCGUCGUCGUUUUGCAUGUUGCAGAAUGGUGUGCUGCGCGUCCAAUGAUUCUGCAGGUGCUGUGACCUCUAUGGAAUCUAUGGCUAGUGAAGAGGAACCAAAGCCAAUCGUGCUGAUCGAUCAGGAGUCGGAUUCAGAGGCCACAAUUGUGGAGAUUAGCUUUGGGGACAGGCUCGGUGCUCUUCUCGACACGAUAAAGGCCCUCAAGGACCUGGGACUUAAUGUUAUUAGGGGAGUUGUCACUACGGAGGGUUCUAGGUUGCGGCGCAAAAAGUUUCUAGUUACUCGAUCGGCUAACAAUAAAAAAGUGGAGGACCCGGAAUUGCUGGAAGCCAUACGGCUUACCAUCAUUAACAAUCUGCUUCAGUACCAUCCUGAAUCGAGUGAGCAGUUGGCCAUGGGGGUUGCUUUUAGCGAUACCCCACCAAAGAAUCAGAUUGAUGUGGAUGUGGCUACUCAUGUCACGGUUACAAGGGAAGGUUCUCGAAGUCUUUUGUUAGUGGAGACCGCAGAUAGGCCAGGAUUGCUGCUGGAAAUUCUGAAGGUCAUUUGCGACAUCAGCAUUUUUGUGGAGUCGGCAGAGAUUGAUACCGAGGGAUUAAUUGCGAAGGAUAAGUUCUAUGUGACCUAUCAUGGAGAUGUCUUAAGCAAAUCUAUGGAGGAGGUGACUUGUUCUUCCCUGAUGACACAGGGCUUCAUUCUGGAUCAUGGUUUUGACGAAUGCUCUUCGCUACUAUCUGCGGAGACCCGAGACCGAGGAGGACAGUUAUUGAGCUCGUUCUGCAGGUGGAUUGUAACUAUGAGCACAUUUAUUAACUUGAACAAUAUGUUAGACUGCAACUGCAAUACAGAAGACUGACCAUCUCUCGGCUUUUGCAUAGGGCCUGGCAGGGUGUGGACUAGUAGCAACCGACUAUAGUGAGGAUUAAAGAUUAGACUUCUGUUCAGUUUUAACACUUUUUGCUAAAUGAUAUAUAGACCUAGUGUGUAAAUUUGUGUGUAUCUUAAACACAGAAACAUUUUGCUAGAUUUGUCCAGUCAAAUGGGUUGAACUCUUGAGUUCAGUUUUGCCUACUCUUGUGGGUGUUCAUGCUGUAUUUUUACCAGUGAAAGUCAUAAAAAGUUCGCAGUUCAAUUCA